UUUACGUAUGGUUGUCCGAUGGUGUAGGACUGGACAGGACACUCAAUUCAAAACAACAACAACAACAUGACAGGGAAGGACGAGUUUGUUUCUUACUCGCCCCUUCCCUCCAAUCCUAACUCCAACCCUAAUUCCAAUCCUUAUUCCUAUAAUCAUCCUUACCCAAACCAAAACGUCGUCGUUCUCCUUCCCUCUUACCGUCCCCAUUCCCGCCACCGCAACCACAACCACAACCGCAACCACCUCUGUCUCAUCUUCUCCGCCGCUCUCCUCUUCCUCGCCGUUGCAAUCUUCAUCCUCUAUCCAUCCGACCCGGAAAUUAAACUCACUCGUAUCCGAAUCAACCAUAUCGGAAUCCGAACAAACCCUAAACCGAUUCUCGAUCUUUCGUUUUCUCUCACUGUUAAAGUUCGUAAUCGAGAUUUCUUCUCUCUUACUUACGAUUCACUUGUUGUUUCCGUUGGUUAUCGUAAUCGUCAGCUAGGGUUGAUAUCUUCUGUUGGUGGUGGUCGAAUUAGGGCUCGGGGAUCGGAUUAUGUUGAUGUUGUGUUAUCUGUUGAUGGAUUUGAAGUUAUAUAUGAUGCUUUUUAUUUGAUACAAGAUAUUGCUAAAGGUGUUAUUCCGUUUGAUACUCAUACUCGUGUUGAUGGGAAAUUAGGGCUUCUCUUAUUCGACCUUCCUUUGAAGGCAACAGUGUCGUGUGACGUGUAUGUGAACAUAACCAAGCAGACGGUUGUACGCCAAGACUGCUAUCCUGAGUCACUGGGUGAUACAUUGGAUCGGAAUGCUAGUAUUGGAGCUGGAGAGUCACUGGGUGAUACACUGGAUCGGAACGCUAGUAAUGGAGCUGGAGAGACAUGAUGAUUUAUAAAGCUUUAGCAUCCUUUUUUUAUACAGUGUUCUACUCAAUGGAUUCUUUCUAGUGUGCUACAUGAUUGUGUAUAUGCAUCAGUCACUCUUGUAAAUUCUGGUUUAACUGAGAUCACAAGCAUCUUGUAUCUAAUGCAUGCAUAAGGUAAAAUUAAUGAAAGUCAUACUCAGGUGUUUACUAGUUCUGUGAUUGAGAUAUAAAAGUAUGAUUUUCACGUUGAUACAA